AUGGCCGAAAUUGUGGCCAAUGCCGCUCCGGCUCAUCAUCCGGCCGACGACAUGCUCGACCCCGUCAAGCCGGGCGUCGAGGACAGCGAUGCCCAGGCCCUGGCCGACAUGGGAUACGAACCAGUCUUCCAACGCCAUUUCUCCCAAUGGACCCUGUUCAGCUUCGCCCUCAGUGUCUCUGGCCUCUUCGGCACCGUCAUGACCACCUUCUCGUAUCCCCUCGAGGCUGGCGGUCCGGCUUCGGCCAUCUGGUGUUGGCUCAUCUCCGGCAUUGGCGCCCUUUGUCUGACCUUCUCUGUCGCCGAGGUCGCCUCUGCUUACCCCACGUCCGGUGCCCUUUACUUCACCAUCAAGUACCUGGCACCGCCAAGCUCUGUUCCCAUCGUCGCUUGGAUCGAUGGCUGGCUCAACCUGGUCGGCCAGAUCUGCGGCAGCGCCUCGUCUGAGUAUGGCUCGGCUCAGAUGCUGCUCGCUGCCGUCUCCAUCGGCUCCGACUUCACCUACUUUCCCACCCAGGGUCACAUCAUCGGCGUCAUGGCCGCCCUCUGCAUCCUGCACGCCGCCAUCAACAGCAUGUCGACCGCCUGGCUCAACCAUCUGGCCAAGACCUACGCCAUCUUCCAUAUCGCCGUCCUCGUCGCUGCCUGUGUCGCCCUGCUCGCCCUGACAAAGGACAAACACUCUGCAAAGUACGCCUUCACCGAGGUCAUCCCCGAUUCUGGCUGGACUCCCCCUGGUUUCUCCUUCCUCUUCGGCUUCCUGUCCGUCGCCUGGACCAUGACCGAUUACGAUGCCACCGUCCACAUUGCUGAGGAGGCCAAGGAUCCUGCCCGCACCGUCCCUCGUGCCAUCGUCCUUGCCCUCACCUUCACCUUCGUUGUCGGCUGGCUCUUUAACAUCGUCCUGGUCUUCUGCAUGGGCGAUCCCGCCGAAAUCCUUGCCAGCCCCAUCGGUCAGCCAGUCGCCCAGAUCUUCUACAACGUCCUCGGCAAAGGCGCAUCUAUCUUCUUUGUCGUCUCUGCCUUCCUCAUCAUGAACUUUGUCUGCAUUACCGCCCUGCAGGCCGGUUCGCGCACUGUCUGGGCCUUCUCCCGUGAUCAGAUGAUCCCCGGCUCUCACAUCUGGUACCGCAUCUGGUCCAAGACCGACACUCCCGUGCUUGCUGUCUGGCUGUACGCCAUCAUCUGCAUUCUCAUCAACCUGAUCGGCCUCGGCAGCUACAUAACCAUCGCCGCCAUCUUCAAUGUGUGCGCCAUCGCCCUUGAUUGGUCCUACUGUAUUCCCAUCCUCUGCAAACUUCUGUUUGGCAGAUUCCAGCCCGGCCCCUUCUACCUCGGCAAGCUUGGUUAUGUCCUCAAUGCUUGGGCCUGCACCUGGACUGCCUUCGUCUCGGUCAUCUUCCUCUUCCCUACCGUCCGGCCUGUGACUGCCGACAACAUGAACUACGCCGUCGUCAUUCUGGCCUUCGUCUUCAUGGUCGCUACCGGCUACUGGUUCAUCCACGGUCGCUUCUACUACACCGGCCCCCGGGCCAACGCCACUGUCGACAAUGGCAUCAUUGUACCCGUCGAGAACGUCCACGAGAAUAUCGGCGAUCCCGAGAAGGCAGCGGCUGCUGCUGGUCUGCACCGCCGGAACGUGGGUGGGGAUGAGAAAAAUUAG